AUGUCUGUUGAAUCGCAGACUCCGCCCCUUGCCAGCGAAGUCGGCAGUGUCGAAUCUCUCUCGCUCACCACUGACUCUACGCUUGUGUCUGAGGACGUAGGCGACAACUCUACUGCCGUGUCCGACGCCAUCGCCUCUGCAUCUUCAUCUACGGGUACCGCCGCGGACUCCCUCUCUACCCUUGUCGAUGGCGAAGCCGCUUCUCUUGAUCCCGUCACACACGACAACGACCCUCCGCCCGCUGGGGUGGAGUUCUGUACGUGUGACUCUGAUGCUGUACCCGCGCUCGCCGUGAGUGGAGCAGCAGCAGUAGGCCUCGCCGCGGCUAAUCGCGUUGCCCGAGGCGGUGUCGGUCUGGUUGGAUUUGGUGCACAAGGCGUGGUAAAGGGUUCAUGGGCAGCCGCGACUCAGGCUAGUAUUGGUAACGUCGCCAAGGGCUCUUCUUUCGCUAAAGCGACAUCAGUCGGUAUGGGGGGACCGGUACCGCCGAUCGCGGCUGCUGCCAGCAUGCUACUCGUCGGCGGGGCUCUGGGUUUAGCCUUUUCUCUGGGUAGAUGGCUUAGUCAGAAGGAAGGAAACUUUUGCUCUCAGUGUGGGAAGCACUUGCGUUAA